GACGGCAGCGGCGGCUCGCGCAGCGCUUUGGCUCACUAUAUAAAGGGGAGAAGCGGGCGGACCGGACGGCUGGAGCUGCAGCCGGUGGCGGCAGCGGCGGCGCGGGCAGCGGCGUCCAGUGGUGGUUUCGCUCCUCGGCGCGGGGUGGGGAGCGGGCGACGCCCCCCCGGACCCCUUUAAGGGUCGUGGGUUUUUUUUUUUUUUUUAAAGGGCGAUUCUCGAGGGUUUUGGGUCCGGGAGGACUGCCCCCUCCUCCUCCUCCUCUUCCUCUCACCGCUCCCCUCCACUCCUGCAGGAUCCGAUUGUUUCCCAUUUUUUUCCCUCCACCCCCCCACUUCCCCCCCCCAUCCUGAGGUGGCCUGGGUCACCCUCCGGGUGCUUCGUUGUUUUUUUUUUUUUUUCCUGUUUUGUUUUUGUUUUGAAUCUUGUUUUCCCGGGGUUGCCCCCCUCUGGUUUGUGUUGUGUGUGGAAAUGGCGAACUCGGCAAAUACAAACACCGUGCCUAAAUUAUACAGAUCUGUGAUUGAAGAUGUUAUUAAUGAUGUGAGAGAUAUAUUUCUGGAUGAUGGAGUUGAUGAGCAAGUUCUAAUGGAGCUAAAAACUCUCUGGGAGAAUAAGCUGAUGCAGUCGAGAGCAGUGGACGGCUUCCACUCGGAGGAGCAGCAGCUCCUGCUGCAGGUCCAGCAGCAGCACCCGCCCCAGCAGCAGCACCACCACCACCACCAGCAGCAGGGCCAGCCACAGCAGACGGCGCCGCAGCAGGCACAGACGCAGCAGGUCCUCAUCCCUGCAGCACAGCAAGCUGCUGCACCACAAGUUAUUGUUCCUGAUUCUAAGCUCAUACAGCAUAUGAAUGCAUCAAACAUGAGUGCUGCUGCUACAGCUGCUACGUUGGCACUCCCUGCGGGUGUGACUCCUGUUCAACAGAUAUUAACAAAUUCAGGCCAGCUUCUUCAAGUGGUCAGAGCAGCCAAUGGUGCCCAGUAUAUCUUUCAACCUCAACAGUCAGUGGUUCUACAACAACAGGUUAUACCACAAAUGCAGCCUGGUGGAGUUCAAGCUCCUGUUAUACAACAGGUACUGGCCCCUCUUCCUGGAGGGAUCUCACCACAGACAGGAGUCAUCAUCCAGCCUCAGCAAAUCUUAUUUACAGGAAAUAAGACUCAGGUCAUCCCAACAACCGUGGCAGCACCUACACCAGCACAAGCACAGAUCACUGCAGCGGGCCAGCAGCAGCCACAGGCCCAGCCAGCUCAGCAGCAGGCGCCAUUAGUAUUACAAGUUGACGGGACUGGGGAUACAUCGUCUGAAGAAGACGAAGAUGAGGAAGAAGACUAUGAUGAUGACGAGGAGGAAGACAAGGAGAAAGAUGGAGCUGAAGACGGGCAGGUAGAAGAAGAGCCCCUUAAUAGUGAAGAUGAUGUGAGUGAUGAAGAAGGACAAGAACUGUUUGAUACAGAAAAUGUUGUAGUGUGCCAAUAUGAUAAGAUACACAGAAGUAAAAACAAAUGGAAAUUUCAUCUCAAGGAUGGCAUUAUGAAUCUUAACGGAAGAGAUUAUAUAUUUUCCAAAGCCAUUGGAGAUGCAGAAUGGUGAAGAGUUGCUUCUUUCUUUUUAUACAUAAAAUGAAAGAAACUUAAAAAAAAAAAUGAAGUGGACACUUUGAAACUUGGAACAUACACCAACCAAAAAACUUAAUUUCUGCAUGUCAGAAAAGUGCCGUAGAAGCCAAGCUACUGGAACAAAGAUACUUUGACAACACAGACACUACUUGUAACUGGCAAGCCAUGGAACUGUAGCACCUGGGAUUGUUGGGGGGUGGGGGAUGUUGGGGUUUUGUGUAGGCAAACCAUAACUGUCAAUUUUAAAUACAGGUACCUGCCACUGAUAAUUAGCAUGUAAAACUUUGUCUCAUAUUCCUUCCUCCAACUUGGGUUCAAUCAGAAGAUACUUGUUGGAAUGAACUGAAGAAACUUCCCUUUUGAUAGAUUGAAGUGAAACUGCUUAUUGUAUGUGGUUAUAUUUGGUAAAAAUUGGGUGUGAGCUUUUUACAAAAGGGUAAGAAUUAUGGUGUUGAAUUUUCAUUCACUUGUAUAAGAGAACAAUUUAGAAUUGCAUAAUAGGUCUUAAAUAUUUUUACUUGCUAUUUUCCCUCAGUAAUAUAUCUAUAUAUAUGUAUACCUCUUCCAUGCUUUAAACACCUAUUUAAAAGUUAAAGGAAGUAAUCAGUGAUCACAGUUUGGCGAUAAAUUUUGACCCAGGAAUAGAUAUUUAUUUUAAUUAGGUUUUCAUACUUAUUAAAUAUAAUUUAAAGA